CAUGCGUUUUCUACGGUAAAUAAAAAGAGAAACCGUCAAGUAUCUUAUUAAAUUUUUAAAAAAGUGUGAAUUAAUUUCAGGUUCUUGAAAAGAAUUGCAACGUCUUAAGUCCGUUUUGAUAGGAAAAGAUAGUCUUACUAAAAUGUCUUCAGAGAAAGAAGCUAAUAAAAGCAGCGAACCCAAAAACAGUUUAGGAAUCCCGGCUGCUUUUUUUGUUGAAGAUGUGGAAAGUUUCAUGAGGCAGGAAGAAAAUCAAGAAAAUGCUGAAUUAGUAUUAAGGAAGCUGGAUGAACAGCAUAGCAAAUAUAAAUUCAUGGAGAUGAAUCUUUUCAGAAAAAAGAGAACUUUAAAGAGGCAGAUCCCUGAUAUUAAAACAUCUUUGGAUAUGCUAAAGUUAUUAAAGGUAAAACAAGAUGCAGAAGAGACAAUUGAUUCACAGUUUAUGGUAUGUGAUGAUUUGUAUUUAAAAGCUAAAGUUCCUCCUACAAAUAAAGUUGGAUUAUGGCUUGGAGCUAAUGUCAUGCUAGAAUAUACUCUGCAAGAUGCUGAGGCUCUUUUAUCAAAAAAUCUUCAGACUGCAUCCAAAAAUUUAACUCAAUUAGAUGAUGACUUGGAUUUUUUACGUGAUCAGUUAACUACUACAGAAGUCAAUAUGGCAAGAGUAUAUAAUUGGGAUGUGAAACGUAGAGCUGCUGAGAAAGAAAAAAGUGCACCUGUACUAUAGGAAAUCUUGUCUAAUAAAUUAUUGAAGAUACUAAUGAUGUGUGUGUUUUAUUAAAAAGGCACAAUGUUUACUUUUAAGAUGUAAAGAUUACUUAAAAUUUUUGUGAAUUUUAUUUCACUGAAAUAAAAAAGUGUGAGUAAUGA